CAAAUUUUGAACGCCUUUAAUACUACUUUCAACCAUCCUCCAUUUCCCCAGCGAGAUCACCACCUCAGCCAGAGCAGCCUGACGACACCGGAGCAACCAGCUGCAUGUGCCCCUUGCUAGAAGAUGUGUCGGGCCGCGGGUGAAAUCCAGAAAUCCAGAGCUGUACCCACGAAACGACCACCUUUGCCUGCGUCGUUGAUCAAGCUGUGACAUACGACACCAGAACCGAUUAUAGAUGAAAACAGAGGUACAACAACAACAACGACACAUAAUUGGUGCGAUAAGGAACAAGCCCGUUGAUAAAAGAAUCCCGGAGCCCUGUCGCGUCGAUUACAAUUGCAUGAAUCCAACCGUCAACGCCAACCAGCAGUCGGAAAAAGAGUGGGAAACCGUCGUCUAUCAUGGCAUGUCGAGCGUCAAGUUCGGCGCACCAGCCAACGCCUCGUCCACAAUCCGAUGUCGCUUGAUCCACCAGACGAGAGCUUGUCUGUCGGGCUGGCCAUCUGGGUGGAAUGGUCGCCGACUCCGCGGUUCCCUAGCUUCGUCCUGCCCAGUUGCGUGGAGCUGACUCUGUGCCCUGGCCAGAGGCAAAGGCGUUUUCCGUUACCCACCUCGGGACCUUCAAAAGCAAUCCGUGCCCCAGCUAAAACGAUUCCAUGACCAAGAGUUUCCUCUCCGUCCGCCGCCAGACAACCACCCAAAUUGUCAGCAUGUCUAUCAUGUCCGCGGAAGCGAGAAUGGCCAAGAUGGGAUUUCCGCAGCGAAACGUAAAGAUAAUUCAGUCUCGCUUCGCUUGAAGGCUCGUCAAUGGGUGACUACCUACUCGUUUGUCAAAAGUCAUCCAAAUACCUCUUGAAGAGGGCGGCACUGGCACGCUGGACUGGGCAAUUGGACACGUGAAACUUGACCGCUGGCACACGGAACCGAGAUACUACAAUAAUCUGUCCAGAGCCUCCGCCCUUCAUCUCGAAAUCCCUCAGUGCCACAACUAGUUCUCAGAGCUAGAGAAUCGAUAUCGGAGAGCGAGGAUUACCCGGGAAUUAGCACAGACUCACACCUGAGCAAAGAUCUCGUAUGAUCUGAUCUGGCCCUACAGUACUAGUGAUUUUGGACGUCGCGUCGGCUCGGGUUCUUACCACCACGUCUGUUCAUAUCAUUCCCACCGUCGCGUUCAGUUCCGGCAUUUCACGCCUCUCCGAAGCCACGCAGCGCAGCCUUGUCCUGCUGGCACAUGCCACCAUUGGUCUGAUAUCGACCGGAAGAAGAAGCCCCGUAUCGCUAUCCUGACCGUGAAUGGUCCGGACCGUUGUCAUGUCUGCAGCGCGACAAAUACAACGACAGUAGCUCCCUAGGUAUACAGUAUCCUUCAAAUUGACCCACAAACCGAAGCGUACAUACAGUAAAAUGAACAGUCCGCAACGGUUCAAUAUAUCUGCUGUGCGCGGACAACCCGACCUUGCAGCUACCAUUGACCUCUUCUACGCCUAUGCAGGAUCUCUCGGGUUCGAUCUCGGGUUCCAGAACUUUGACGCCGAAAUGGCCGCGAUGCCGGGCAAGUAUGCACCUCCCGAGGGGGAACUUCUUCUUGCUCGAGAUGACAAUGGUCGUCCCAUCGGCUGUGUCGGCCUGCGCCCUCUCCCAUCGACCAAAAAUAUUGACGACGACGGUACUAGUAGAGUAUGCGAAAUGAAGCGUCUCUACGUUUCGCCUUCGGGACGAGGCACGGGAGUGGGAAAGGCGUUAGCCUUGGGCAUCAUUGCGGCGGCGCGGAAACUCGGGUAUUCCGAAAUGCGCCUCGACACCCUUCCGAGCAUGGUGGCCGCUCUCAACAUGUACCGCUCACUUGGGUUCAAGGACAUUGACCCUUAUUACGAGACGCCCUUGGAAGGAACACAUUUCCUUGCGCUACAGCUGAACACUGGCACCUCAUAACAUCUAUUUCGUGGAUCAAAAGCAAGCAUAUCUAUACAUAAACAUUCCCAACUUGAACGUGACAGGAUUGCUUUCCUUUCGCAAGGUAGUCGCGGCGGUCAUUUCGAAUGGGAGGGAUGCUUCGUCUCCCACUGCCUGACCGCAUUAAGUCCGGCCGUGAUCUUCAAUCCCAAACGCGCAUCAAGCUCGUAUUUGCCCCAGCUCUUAGCCUUGUCAAGAUGAGUCUUGCAUUGAUGCACCAGUUCCGCAUCUCGUGGCAACCCCCUGCCAGAAGAGGCCACUGGUUUGUCGGCAUUGGCAGCGCCCAGGAAAUCUGUACUAUAAGCACUGUUGUAACCGGCCCUCUGCAUCCAAAGAUUCACCGCCAUCUCGUGGUGUGCUGCCGGAAUCAUCCAGUCAUCCUUGUGUUGGCCAGUGAAGUCGGAAGAGCUGCGAUUGAGCAUGUUUUUGCUGAGGACGUCUUUGGACUUUUCGUGUUGGCCCAGAUUCCGCAAGAUGACCGCCUUCAGGACCGCCAGAAUAGCACGUUCGUCCGCAUCCUCCUGCGACCAACGCCACGUAUUUUCCGACCACGCAAGAUUCUCCAGCGACUCCCGUAGCUGGCUUGCGUUCAUUUUCUUGUAUCCAUUCCAGAAGAAUAUCAUCUCCUCGAGCGGGCUGACCCCGACGGCAUCGAUGAAGCUACAAUUCCAUCGCGCUGCCCGCUCUUCCCAUUUGGCGAUCUUGCGUACCACAAACCCGUCGAACGGAAGUUGUCUGCCCAUCAUUUUCCUCUUACCAACUUUUGUGGGCGCGGUUCUGUAGUGCUCCUCGGCCAGCUUUGCAUGCUUUUGCUUUUCUUCCUUGGGAAGCGUCUUAUCGUAACGGUAUGCGCUGAGGUGUGCCGAGGCAGCAAUGUAGUAAUAAAGCCCUCGUGACCACGCGUUGAGGUCUACGCAGGCAAUAAAACUGUCCGCACAUAAUUGGUAUCGGUGGGCAUUCAU